AUGCCAACAGCAGCUGUGAUGACAGCGUACAACCUCACCGGACAGUGCGACUGGGUCAGUGAGGAGACCCGAACUGAGCCGCGCGUAAGCGACGGUCUGGACGCUGCCGGCUGCCUCUUUUUAUCUAUACUGCCAUAUGGACAAGCAGCUCCAGCGCUAAUAUGUGUUUUUGUGUUGCUGACUCUCUUUUCGUUUCUGAUUAACGGGCUUACCCUAUUCGGGCUCGGACGUUCCGAGGAUCUCUCCUGGGAGCCGCGCUUCGCUUUUCUUAAGAAUCUAAUGUUGAGCGACCUUAUGCAGUCCGUCACCUUCGGUCCAGCUGUCAUCCACUCACUGGUCCAACGCCGGACGAUGACGUUCAGCACUUGGUGUUACGUCCAGUACUUUGUGGGGACCGCCAGUAUUUUCUCCAGCCUUGUCACCAUCACCUGCAUGGCGCUGGAGCGCUACUUGUACGUGUGCCACGCCAUCCACUACUUGGUCAUCCUCACUCAAGUGCGCUUACGGCUAGUCUUGAGCCUCAUUUGGGUUUACUCCAUCUCCAUCAGCAUCGUCAACAUGGUGUUGCUGCACAUGGGAAGAGGAGACCAGAAUGAGUAUGUCACCGGGGGGCUACUAUGCGAACCAGACACGGUGGAGCAGCACAUGGGUUUCCCGCGUGCCUCUGCUGUCUUUCGGAAACUUGUGGGCUCCUUUACUUUACUAAUGUGUCUGCUGGUCUAUGCGUUCUCCUACACGAGGAUGUACCAGGACGCGCGCAACGCAGUGAUACCGUUCAACGCGGUCAACACCACAGCGCGCAAGACUGUGGUUUUCUACUGUGGCAUGCUGUUCCUGCAGCUGCUGCCGCUGCUACUCAAAGCAACCACAGACGCGCUGUGGGAGGUCGAGGGGACCGUGGCUAUGAUGGCGUUACCCUCUCAAUCUCAAGGCGUCCGCAAGGCGAAGCAGAUCCCCUCGGUCAAGGCGGCCGUGCUCCACAUGUCCCUGAUGGUAAUGCUUAUAGUGCCACCGUGUAUCAACCCGCUAGUGUACGGGCUGAGGAACGUGGAGAUGAGACAGGCGCUACUCAGCCUGUUCCGGGGGUGGACGCAGAGGAGGGACGAGGGUGUGCGCCGAGUGGAGUGGAUAAGAGUUGGAAACAUUGUGCGUCAAAACCGCGCUCAGGCGGGGUAG